CAUUGCAUAUGGCGUCACAUCCAACAGGGCAGUGCUUGUUAUCAAGCUGAUGCUACAAGAAAUACUUACUAACACAUGUCAUGUGCGACGUGAUCAUGAAUAACUGGAACCCAUAAUGAUGCUUUCUUGCUCAUCAAGAAAUUUCAAUAUUAUAUAUAGGUAGCACUUAACGUUGGAAGACCUCCAACCAUCUUGACUCUACCCACCACAUAUAUCUCAUGUCCCCCCAACAGAAAGCUCUUUUUCUUCCCAGAAAGCAGGGUAACUUUGAGCUUGGCUCCCGCAGCAUCCCCAGUCCAGAGGCUGGGCAGCUUCUGGUCAAGAUUCAAUGUGCUGCUCUGAACCCAGUUGACUACAAGAUCAAGGACGCAGGGAUAAUCGUGACCGAUUACCCUGCCGUUCUUGGCACGGAUAUUGCUGGUAUCGUGGAGGAAGUAGGGGAAGGUGUCGAGAAUUUCCGCAAAGGCGAUAGAGUAUUGGCACAUGGCAAAUUCGGCAAUGACUUUACUGGGUUUCAGCAGUAUACCUUGACCGACGCGCGCUUCACAGCAAAGAUUCCUCCAAGCGAAUCUUUCGAUAGCGCAGCUACUGUUCCUGUGGGGUUAGAUACUGCAGUGGUGGGGUUAUACGGAAAUGAUUUUGGAGCUGGGGUAACCCCUCCUUGGACGACAAGCGCCGGCGGUCACGAAUCAAAGAAACCCAUUGUCAUCCUUGGCGGUUCUUCUUCUGUGGGUUCCUACGUUAUCCAACUUGCUCAUCUAUCAGGAUUUUAUCCCAUCAUCGCUACAGCCUCUUCGAGCAAUGAAGGGCUUGUCAGGGACUACGGCGCAACCCACUUUUUCGAUCGCAACCUUUCCGGCAAACAGCUGAAGGCCGCCAUCGGCAAAAUUACUGAUAGCCCUAUCGGAAUUGUUUAUGACGCUAUCUCGUUGCCAGAAACGCAGUCUGUUGCAUGGGAAUUGCUUGCGAACAAUGGCACUCUCGUAUUAACCCUUUUUGCAUUAGUCAAGGAGGAUGAAGGCAAGGGGCGCAAGGUCAUCCUGACCUUUGGGGACGCACAAGCCCCCCAAAAUCAAGAGCUGUGUGGCAGCUCCUGGGCUGUGGUCGAAAAGUGGCUUUCAGAGGGUACUAUACAGCCAAACAAGUAUGAGGUUCUCCCGAAUGGGCUUGAUGGUAUUCUUGGAGGACUGGAAAGGCUGAAAUUGGGACAGGUGUCCUGGAACGAAGUUGGUUGCUCACCCUCAGGAAACAUUGUAAAUGCGUAAGUCGCGGCCAGGUUGUUCGGCAAUGCCUCUUGCUUGCAUCGGGCGUGACAGGAUCAAAUUGUACAUUAGAUAUUACAAUUACAAGCUAAAAUAUGUACAUACCAAGUCGGUGUAGGAAGUUGGAAGCAAAAGAAUACCUGUACUCGUUCAAGACUAAUUAUUGUGACUUCGGAUGGCUUACUGAAAUCACUU